CUUGCUUCUCUUCUGUUUCGAGAACCAGGCAUUGUCGCUCGGGUAGUGGAUAAAAGGAGGAAAAAAAAAAAAGACACUAUUGCUAUCUCUGUCGCUCUUUCUCGCUUUCUUUCUCUCGACCACUCGACCACUCGACUUCUCGACACAGUCAUUGUUUUUAGUGCGUUUUCGCUUCCUGACUUUGCCAACUCAUUACUUGAACAAACCUGGUUGCCACACUACACAAUCUCACCAUGAUUUCAAAGAAUUUGGAAGAAGCAAAGGCUGAUGUUAAGUCUAGUUUGAAGGAGGCUCAGAAGCAUGCAGAGGCCUUGUUUGGCAGCAAGGGACUCACAGACCCUAUUCCUUCGGUCGAGGAUAAAUGGAAGCUGCUUCCUGCGUUCUUAAAAGUCAAGGGUUUAGUUAAACAGCACAUCGACUCUUUCAACUAUUUUAUAAACGUAGAUCUGGAAAAGAUUAUCAAAGCCAAUGAGCGGGUCAAAUCUGAUGUUGACCCUCACUUUUACCUCAAAUACACCGGAAUUAGAGUCGGCGCACCAGAAAGACCAGAUCAGGAAGCUAUGAAUAAAUCAUAUACACCACAUGAGUGUCGUCUUCGUGAUCUCACAUACUCUGCCAAUAUCUAUGUCGAUGUCGAAUAUGUCCGUGGUCGCCAGAUCGUAAGGCGUAAGGGCGUACCCAUUGGAAGAAUGCCUAUUAUGCUUAGGAGCUCACAUUGUGUCCUCACAGGAAAGAACGAAAUGGAAUUGGCAAAGAUGAACGAGUGUCCAUUAGAUCCAGGUGGAUAUUUUGUGGUUAAAGGUGUGGAGAAGGUUAUUUUGGUCCAGGAGCAGAUGUCAAAGAACCGUAUUCUCGUCGAUGUAGAUCGCAAAGGGUUUGUCCAGGCAGGAGUUACCAGUUCUACGAUGGAACGUAAAUCCAAGACAUAUGUUGGAACAAAACACGGAAAGAUUUAUUUAAAACACAACUCAAUUUCAGAGGAUAUUCCCAUUGUUGUGGCACUCAAGGCUAUGGGUAUGCAGUCAGACAAGGAGAUCACACAACUCGUUUGCGGACAGGAUUCAAAGUAUAUCGACAAGUUUUCACUCAACCUUGAAGAAUGCUCAAAGAUGAAGAUUUUUACUCAACAGCAGGCACUUGACUAUAUUGGAUCAAAGAUCAAGUCCCCCAAGCGCGCCUUUACUACAGGCAUCCGUAGACCUCCUUCUGAAGAGGCACUGGAAGUUUUAGCAACAGUUGUUUUGGCGCACGUAGAGGUCCAUGACAACAACUUCAGACCCAAAUGUAUCUACGUGGCGGUAAUGACUCGUCGUGUGGUUAUGGCCAUGCUUCGCGGAGAUUUGGUUGAUGACCGCGAUUAUGUUGGAAAUAAGCGCCUUGAGUUGGCUGGACAAUUGUUAUCACUCUUGUUUGAAGAUUUGUUCAAAAAGUUUAAUUCAGACUUGAAGAUGAACAUCGACAAGGUACUCAAGAAGCCUAACAGGACUCAGGAAUUCGACGUUUAUAGUCAGCUGCUCAUCCAUGGAGAUCAUAUCACUGCAGGAUUUGUCCGUGCUAUCUCGUCUGGUAACUGGAGUUUGAAGCGCUUUAAAAUGGAGAGAGCUGGUAUUACGCAGGUGUUGAGUCGCUUGAGUUUCAUUUCAGCAUUGGGUAUGAUGACACGUAUUUCGUCGCAGUUCGAAAAGACCAGGAAAGUCUCAGGACCAAGAGCUUUGCAGCCCUCUCAAUGGGGAAUGCUGUGUCCCUCUGAUACACCAGAGGGAGAGGCCUGUGGUCUUGUCAAGAACUUGGCGCUCAUGACACACAUUACUGUGGAUGACGAAGAAGAACCUCUCGUCAAACUAGCUUUCAUCCUUGGUGUAGAAGAUGUGUCAUUGCUUACGGGGCCAGAGUUAUACCUGCCUGAUACUUUCCUGGUUUUCCUGAACGGAAAUAUUCUGGGAAUCACGCGCCAUAGUAAGCAAUUUGUUGCGGCUUUUCGCCGCAUGCGAAGAGCCGGCCGCAUCUCAGAAUUUGUCAGCAUUUUUAUCAGUGAUCAUCACAAUUCUGUUCAUAUUUCAUGCGAUGGUGGACGCAUUUGCCGGCCAUUGAUCAUCGUUGAAAACGGCAAGUCGAGAGUCAAGUCAGAGCAUAUUGUACAACUUUCUGCAGGCAAACUCGCUUUUGAUGAUUUUUUGCGCCUUGGACUGAUCGAGUAUCUGGAUGUUAAUGAGGAAAGCGAUUCCAACAUUGCACUAUACGAACGUGAGAUUAUCCCUCAGUCGACUCAUGUUGAAAUUGAGCCCUUCACCAUUCUUGGAGCUGUCGCUGGAUUGAUUCCUUAUCCACAUCAUAACCAGUCACCCCGUAACACAUACCAGUGUGCUAUGGGUAAGCAAGCCAUUGGAGCCAUUGGCUACAACCAAUUUAAUCGUAUCGACACAUUGCUGUACCUCAUGGUUUAUCCUCAACAGCCUAUGGUCAAGACCAAGACGAUCGAGAUGAUUGGAUAUGAUAAAUUGCCUGCAGGACAGAAUGCUACGGUCGCAGUCAUGUCCAAUUCUGGUUAUGACAUUGAGGAUGCGCUUGUUUUGAAUAAGGCGUCGCUAGAUCGCGGAUAUGGUCGAUGCCAGGUGCUUCGUAAAUAUGCCACAUUACUUCGACAGUAUCCCAAUGGAAGCUAUGAUCGCCUCGCAGAUCCACCAGUUCAUCCGGACGAUCCCAGCAUUGUUCAGGAUAAGUUUGAUGUGCUGGAUAAGGAUGGUAUUGCCUCAGUUGGAGAAAGGAUCAAGCCUGGUCAAGUCUAUAUCAACAAACAGAUGCCUACUAACACUAGCUCAGAUAUCGGUGUCAAUUCGCGUGACCCAACAGCCAAUGCAUACAAGAAUGCGCCCAUGUCAUAUAAGAGCGCCAUGGAGGGUUAUGUAGAUAAAGUUUUGAUGACAACCACCGAGAAUGAUCAGACGUUGAUCAAGGCGCUUAUUCGGCAGACUCGUCGUCCUGAAUUGGGAGACAAGUUCUCGUCACGUCACGGACAAAAGGGAGUCUGUGGUAUCAUUAUUCAGCAGGAGGACAUGCCAUUCUCAGACCUGGGUAUCUGCCCAGAUGUCAUCAUGAACCCUCAUGGUUUCCCAUCUCGUAUGACGGUCGGGAAGAUGAUUGAGUUGUUGGCAGGCAAGGCGGGGGUUUUAAAGGGAGAAUUGCAGUAUGGAACUGCGUUCGGUGGAUCCAAGGUUGAAGACAUGAGUCGCAUUUUGAUCGAAAACGGAUUCUCAUACUCUGGAAAAGAUUUUGUGACGAGUGGAGUUACUGGAGAGCCAUUGUCAGCAUAUAUCUAUUUUGGACCUGUCUAUUACCAAAAAUUGAAGCAUAUGGUUAUGGACAAGAUGCACUCACGUUCUCGUGGUCCUCGUGCAGUAUUGACUCGUCAGCCAACAGAAGGUCGUUCCAGAGAUGGUGGUUUGCGUCUCGGAGAGAUGGAGAGAGAUUGCUUAAUUGGUUAUGGAGCCAGUAUGCUUUUGCUGGAACGUUUGAUGAUUUCAUCCGAUAUUUUUGAGAUUCAUGUUUGUGAGAUGUGUGGUUUGUUGGGAUACGCAGGCUGGUGCCAGCACUGUAAGAGUUCGAAGGGUAUGGCUAAGAUGCAGAUCCCAUAUGCAUGCAAGCUUCUAUUCCAGGAACUACAAUCCAUGAACGUCAUCCCCCGUCUGCAGCUCGAGAAUGUCUUUUAA